AUGAGGAGCCUGAGUGGGAGUCCAGAGGAAAUACAGUUUCCAAUUAUCAACCCGAGGACCUGGUCCACCAGAAAAGAAACCGCACACAAACCUGUGAUGUCCCUCCAUCCUCCUUGGACCACAGUCUUCCAAGGGGAGACAGUGACUCUGACUUGCAAUGGAUUCCACCUCUAUGCACCAGAGAAAACAAAAUGGUACCUUAGGAAGGAGAAGCUAAGAGAAACUCCAGAAAACACACUUGAGGUUCGUGAAUCUGGAGAAUACAGAUGCCAGGCCCAGGACUCACCUCUAAGUAACCCUGUGCGCUUGUUAUUUUCUUCAGAAUCCUUAAUCCUGCAGGCCCCAUAUUCUGUGUUUGAAGGUGACACAUUGGUUCUGAGAUGCCAGAAAAGGGGCAAAGAUAAACUGACUGCUGUGAAAUACACUUGGAAUGGAAAGAUUAUUUCUACUUCUAAUAAAAGCUGGGAUCUUCUUAUUCCACAAACCAGUUCAAAUAAAAGUGGCUCUUAUCAAUGCAUUGGAUAUGGGGAAAACCAUGAUGCAUUCAGAUCAGCAUACAAAAAGAUUAAAAUUCAAGAACUGUUUCCACAUCCAGAGUUGAAAGCCACAGCUUCUCAACCUACAGAGGGGACUUCAGUAAACCUGAGCUGUGAAACACAACUUCCCCCAGAGCGGUCGGACACACAGCUUCACUUCAUCUUCUUCAGAGAUGACAGGGUUAUCCUGUCAGACUGGAGUAGGUCCUCGGAACUGCAUAUCCCAACUCUCUGGAGAGAAAACUCAGGAUCGUAUUGGUGCAGUGUAGAAACAGAGAACCAUAGCGUCUACAAACACAGCCUCCCAUUGCAGAUCCAUGUGCAAGGGAUCCCUGUGUCUGGAGUGCUUUUGGAGUCACAGCCCUCUGGGGGCCUGGCAGUUGAGGGGGAGAUGCUGGUCCUUGUCUGUUCCACAGUUGAAGGCACAGGAGACACUACAUACUCCUGGCACAGAGAAGAUACAAAGGAGAGUCUGGGAGAGAAAACUCAGCGUUCCCAGAGAGCAGAGCUGGAGAUCCCUGACAUCAGAGAGAGCCACGUGGGGGGAUACUACUGCACUGCUGACAACGGCUAUGGCCCCAUCCAGAGCGGGGUGCUGAAUGUCAUUGUGAAAGCGACUCCCGACAAGAGAAACGGCCUUAUUGCUGCACUAGCUGCUGGAGGGCUGCUCGGAGUUCUUCUUCUAACUGUGGCCCUGCUGUUUCACUGCUGGCGCCAGAGGAAGUCAGGAGAUGGUUUCCGAAGAGAUGAAACCAGGACCCCUCCUCCAGGCUCAGGAGAGUCCUCCCAUUCCAUCUGUCCCACCCAGGUGGAGCUGCAGCUGUUGUAUGACAAUGUACACCCUCAAGUGGGAGACUUGGUAUAUUCUGAGAUCCACGUUAUUCAGAUGAGAGAAGAAGAGAAAGCCAAUACCUCCAGGACACUUCUAGAGGAAAAGCAUGCCUUGGUUGUCUAUUCUGAAGUGAAGACACAGCUCCCACAUAACUCAGCUCCCAGAUAA